AUGAGCAAGGGAAACCCUCAAAUCAAUCUUUCAGAGAAGCCAGAUGAUAGCGGUAAGGGAGAGUACAUAUCCCAUGGAACAACCUUUACUGUUACAAAGGGUACUACCAAUGUACCAGGAUUCUUCAGGCAUGUUCAUAAGCCUCUUAAUGGACCAAUUACAUUAGAUAGAACACUCGCCACCAGUGGAGAUCAAAUAAGAGGAGGCUUUACGGGGAAAAAAAUAAGUUCCAUAGAUAAUGUCAAUGAGGUUUCGGUGUACUACUGGGAUGGAAAUGACAAUGUGCCUAUCCUUCUUGGAAUUACAACUGAGAAUGGUAACCCAGAAAAUACCAAGUACUUUAGUAAAGGUAAUAAUGUCCGAAAUUGGAUGAAUGCUCCUAUAGAACAUCUGAAUGAACAACAGGCACUUGAUGAACAGAACUGUUACAAGAAUAAUUCUGUUGUGUUCAAUAUAAGGGAUUCUCAAUCAGGUUACCUCAGUGAAAGUUCUAGAGCUACUUGUAUACAGAAGACCAGAAAAAUAAGGAAGUCUAGACCUACUCCCCCUCCUGGAAGUGAGUACAACGUCACAACCUACAGGUUUGCUGAUAUUAAAUACAACAAUACUAAGUAUACCAAGAUCUCUAGGGUUACUCUUAAUGGAAUAUAUAUUAACAAUAUUUCCCCUCCUCUUGAUGCACUCGAAGGAAUUAGACUCUACUCAUAUCCAGCUAGUGUGGAUGUACCUCUUAUGAUUGAAUUUAUAAAACAGGGUGGGGGAUCUACUUUUUAUGCGAGUAAAAACGGAAAUGGUAGUAACUGGGUACCAGUUGAUGAAGGAUCACAGAAAUUUUAUGAUGAUAAAGAAAUGCGUGACCAAAAACCAAAAGACGCCCUCUCUGAAAAACUAGACGAAUUACUAUGCUCAUAUUACGACAACGUUACUUUUGACAUAUCCCUAAAGAAUUCUGAGAAACAUGCCAAAGAUGAAACUAAGUAUUGUUGUGAGCAUCAUAAGAGUGUGGAUGCCAAGGUAUCCGUUAGUUCUGUGCAAAUUUAUUGUAAUUUUCAACCUAACCCAAACCAUAUUACAGCUUAUAAACACUCUAUUUACAAUGGAAAUCUUGGCGGUAUUAAGUUCUACAAAGACGGUAACCAAAGUACUAGAAGGCGUGUAAAAUCUAAUGCAUUAAGCUUUCCAAUUUCUGUAAAUAGUGUUUAUGUAUUUUACUGUCAAGGGAAGAACCCAUUAUUGAUAUAUGUAGACAGUGAAACUCCUAUGACCCGUGGAUGGUAUAGAAAGAGCACUAAGGGUUAUGAGCACAACUGGACAUGGAUCAAUAGAGGACUUGACAGUAUAACGAGAACUGACUUAGAGAGUGGGAUUAGUUGUGAUAAGUGGCAGAAACUCAGGAAAUAUUUUGGAGAGCUAGGUUGUCGUAGCUUUGGAGACUGUAAUGGUAAUUUAGCACGUUCAUAUACUGUACCUCAGGAUAUUGGACAAAUAGAGGCUUCUGAAGAUGAAACUCCACAUAAAUCAUCCGGAAGUUCUGAUGAAGAAGAUGUGCUAGUUGAGAAUGAUUAUUCACCAUCUAAUACUAUACUUGGAACUGCACCUCAACGAGCCUCUCCAUCUGGUGUUAUCGUAAACAUAAAGAAGGAUACUAAUGGAGGGAGACUAGGAUCUGAUACAUAUAACUUAGGAGUGGCCGAUCAAAAGGUUAAGUUAGUAAAGUCUGUAGACCCUCUUAACUCUGGUUUCUUUAAGUUCGUGCAUAAGCCACCAAAUGGAAAAUCUUUUCGUGUAGCACAAGUGAAGUUUGGAGAUGUUCCAGUUUCAGAUAUUGGAGUAAAUUCAAAUGAUGAAAUUGAGCAUCUGGCGGUAUGGUAUUGGAAAAAUGCUGACAACAUGGAAAAGCCUCUUUUAGCAGAGAUACUUAAGGGAGGAAAGUAUACAUAUAAAUACGCUAAACCAGGUGGCAGCAACUUAAGUUGGAGCCCACUUUCUGGAAAUCCAGGUCCUCAUAAUGUUCAACUCCAAGGUGAGUUCCUCGAGCAGUUACUGGACGAACUUAACUGUCAACAUAACAGAGCGGUUACCCCAAAUCUCACCUUUGAGAAUUCUACUAGGCAUGCUAAUGGUGGUGGAACUGCAAACAAGUACUGUUGUAGCGAUAAUCAUAAUGGUGGAAAGAGGAUCACUGUUCAGGAAAAAGAAGUUUCUUGUCAAACACAUCCUAGCUCAAAACACAUUACAUUCUUCAAACAUGAUGUUAAUGCUGGAGUUAAUCUUGCAGCUAUUAUGUAUUACAAUGAGGAUGAUAAUGAUAGAGACCAAAGGAAUAGAAGACGUAUAAAGUCGAAUAAAUUUAACUUUCCCAUCUCUGCUCCAGUCACUGUAUACGUUUUCUAUUGUGAUAAGCAGAACCCAGUUCUUAUCUACGUUGAUGGUGGACAACCUGGUGUUAAGGGCUGGUACAAAAAAGGUAAUUCUGUUGGUAAUGGCAAUGAGGAGUGGGUAAGAACCUUGCCUGGACUCAAAGAUAGAAUACCUGACAAUUUCAAAAACUGUAAGAAUGAUAAAGGCUUUAAAGAACUUGCGGAGGAACUAAAACAACUUAAAUGUGAAGGCUUGCAGCAAUGUACUAUUGAUCCAGAACAUCUUGGACAGGAUGGAGUUCAACGUGAGGAAGUUCCAGCGGCUGACUUAUCUGACCAGGUUCCUGAUACGGAGUCUGAGACUAAGAUUCUCCUACAAGGAACUCCUGUAGCUCAAAUGGCUGAAGAUGCUAUUGAUGGUGAAAGAUUAGGAUCUGCUGCUAGGUCUGUACCACCGGUAGUACCAGGUUUAGUAGUAGGUGGACUACCAUCAACAGUUUUUAGAGGAACCUUAGUAAAAGAAGAAGGAGGAAGAACAAUGAGAACAGUAGAAGUUCCAACAAGACGUUCAGUUUCACCAAAAAUACCUUCAGCAAUAAGAGUAGCAGCAGGAGAUACUGAAAAACUAGAAACAAACAAAGAAACCGGUGAAGAAUCUGGUACUACUAAUACUAAUCUUCAACUUAGAGAUGAUGCUAAAGGACAAGUCUCUGCUCAUCAUUGUUCUGUAACUCAAGGUGCUUUUGUUAUUGCUUGUGAACCUGGUAGAAAGAUCGCUGUUCUAUCUGCUCCAUCUCCUGAAGAACACCCUGUUCUUGGAGGUGCCGCUAAUAAAUCACAAGAAUCCCCAGCACGUACUUAUGGUAUUAGGCAUGAAGAACCAGAACGAAUGGACAAAGAAGCUGAUGAUGAAGAACUGGGGCAACAACAAAAAGAAAAACAGGAGCAAGAUUAUGCUAAAGAACGUGGAAAAAUAAGAUCCCCUGAAGAAGAGAAAGAUAAUGAAGGCUCAUCUCCACUAGGUGCUGCUAGUCCUUCUGGUCCUAUUUCUGGCAAAGUUGCCUCUGAUGAACCUGAACCUAAUGGUGAAUCUGCUAGAGAAGCUAAUGGAGUUCAUAAAGGCGAGAAAACUGCCCAGGAUCCUCUAGAACCCGAAAAUAUUCUUCAACAUCGAGAAGAAAAAACCGAUGAUCUACCUCCUCAACAACCUAAUGUCUCAUUUGGCCAAGAUACUAAUCCUGCUCAAGUUAGAGAUGGUAAUCCUGGUCCUACUCCUACUUCUCCUGCUGUUCCUAAUCCUGGAGCUCUUCAUACUGAAUCUCCUGUUACUUUUACUCCAUCAACUUCUACUACUACUACUACUGUUCCUCCUACUCCUCCUACUAAACAAGAACAAGCCGCUCAAUCUACUCCUACUCAAUCUCCUGAUGAUCCUAAACCUGAACCUCCUGCAUCUACUUCUACUGAAGGUGAAUCUCAUCAUGAAGCUCUUACUGUUGAACCCUUUUCUCUUACUGCUAUUCUCAUUGGAGCUGGUACAUAUGGUGGCCCUCUCGCGGGAGCUGGUUCUCUUACUGGACUUGGUUGGUGGGCAUUUAAACGUUCUAGAGGAGAUCCUUGGGUUAGACAGAUUUAA